AUGGCCUGGACUGCAGACACUCCGGGCACCUUUCGGAAGGAGCUUGGUGGGUUGGAAAAAAUCUACCGCUUCAUGUCCACCGCGUUCAAACACACUGGUCAGGAGCACUGGGGCCUGUACACAGUCUGUGCGGUCGACUUCGGGCCGAUCCUUCAUAGCCCUGCGAAAGCGUUGCGCGAUGCGUGGAAGGCGCUGCGAUUCGAGUUCCCAGCCUUGGCGUUGACUUUGGAUGGCUACGAUGCCGUGUAUACCCUGCCCACCGCGGACAUCGUUGAAGAAUGGGCACAAAAGACCUUCAUCGUCGAGCAAAAUCAGCAGCCCGACGAGAUCAUUGUCGACUACCCAUUACGAGAUCUCCCUGCUUUAUACUACCUUCCCGCAACAUCCGAAGUGCUGUUCCUCGCCUCCCACUGGCGCGUCGAUGCCGCUGGUUGCUGUCUCCUCCUCGACCGUCUGUUCGCAUUGGUCGUCCAGCAGCCCGACAUUGCGUCCUUGCAAUGGGGCCCUGAUCUACACAAAAUCUCCCCCAGCUUGGAAGACGCUGCAGGAUCCCCAGAGGCAACGUCCCCAGAGAUCGAGGACAUGGCGCAGCGCGUGACCAGUAACUUUGAACAGAAAGCCAUACGCUCCAUCGGUCUCUCAUACAAAGGCGACAGGACAACUCCGCCUGCUCGACCGGCCAAUCGAUCCAUCGUGUUGACCCCGGAAAGCUCCGAAGCUCUCAUCAAAGCCUGCAAAGAGCGCCAGAUCAGCGUAUCAGCCGUGAUAUAUGCCGCCUUGGCUGAAAUCAUGUUUGCCCUCACGUCGAUUGACGGUGCCACCGAGUACUCCACUAUCAUGGCCGUCAACAUGAGGCCGUAUCUCAAGGCACCCUUUAAUUCCCCAGCGCACUCGGUGCGAACUUAUGUGUCGAGCAUCACGCCAGCAGUGCGGCGGGACAGCACUUUCAGAGAGCGGACCGUUACUCUGACGCAGUAUUUUAAAACUUGGCAUACAAACGAGUUCUCCCAGGCACUGCGGGAGAUCUACAAAAGAUCGUCUCGGGCUCUCCUGACUGCUCCACGUCCGCCGGGCCCGCCGCCGAACCCGCCAAGCGGCAUCACGCUCAGUAGCCUGGGCGUGAUCGACCACUUCCUGACAGGAGAAUACGAUGGUGCGGUUAGUGUCAAACGCUUUCGCUUCGGUGUCAGCAUGUUGAACAGGCAGAUGUUGCUAUACCUGUGGACGUUCCGCGGGCAAGUCCACCUGUCGAUCAAUUACAAUGACGCCUACUACGACGCAUCGACGCCACAAGAGGUCCUCGACCGCAUCCCAGCAACACUGGAGACAGAACUUGGAGUGCGGUUGGAAACCUUGUAA